CGCGGAGGAAUGCAAAUGAGCUCUGGCGUCGGGGCCGCCGCGCCGCCGCCUGAGGGAGGAGGGAGCGGCCCCGGGACCCCGGGACAACCGGACACCCCCCGCUGCCCGCCGCGACAUGGCCGAGCCCGGCGGGGCCCGCUCCGACCGGGCCGCAGCUCCCGCCUGACCCCCGCAGCCCCACGGCGCCCGGCUCCGCGCCAUGGACAACGAGCAGCUCCCGGCAGCUCCGGCCUCCAGCAGCGCCGGUGGCACUGCCACAACACCCAACAGCACCGGCACGGCGCGCCCGGCGGCGCCCCAGAUCUCCGUGUACAGCGGCAUCCCCGACCGGCAGACGGUGCAGGUGAUCCAGCAGGCGCUGCACCGGCAGCCCAACACGGCGGCGCAGUACCUGCAGCAGAUGUAUGCGGCGCAGCAGCAGCAUCUCAUGCUGCAGACGGCAGCGCUGCAGCAGCAGCACCUCACCAGUGCCCAGCUUCAGAGCCUGGCCGCUGUGCAGCAGGCCAGUCUGGCGGCCAACAGGCAGAGCAGCUCCUCGGGGGGUAACAGCACCCAAGCAGCACCGGCGCAGCAGCCCACGAUGAACCUGUCCCCAUCACCAGCGCAGCUGCUGACGCGGGCGCAGAGCGUGGCACCCGGUGCAGCCGGCAUGGCACAACAGGCUGUGCUGCUGGGCAACGCCGCCUCGCCCGCCCUCACCGCCAGCCAGGCCCAGAUGUACCUGCGGGCACAGAUGCUCAUCUUCACACCCACGGGCCCCGUCAGCGCCGUCCGGCCUGAGAGCCCCGCUCCAGCCCCACCGCCGGCCCCACCGCCUGCCCCACCGCCUGCUGCCCCCCAGGUGCACAGCCUGGCCCUGCGCCCUGCCGGCCCCCACCUCCCCGCCCUGGCCAUGAAGCCCCCCGGCGGGGCACCCCCCCGUGCUGGUCCCCCCCGAGGACCCCCUCCAGACCCCCCUACUGAGCACCUCAAGAAGGCCGAGCCCCCCGAUGCCCGUGCCCAUCCCCUGGCCCGCGCCGCUGCCCCCGCUGCUGCCACAGCCUACGCCCCGCUGCAGCCCCCCCAGUUCGUGCAGCAGCCGCCGAAGCCGAUGCAGCCGCAGCAGCCGCAGCAGUUUGUGAUCCAGCAGCAGCCACUGCCCCCCCGCGGGCAGCCCCCCCCGGGCCCCCCUGCUGCCCCCCAACUGCAUCCACUGCCCCCCGCCAGCCCCGGCCCAGCCCCACAGCCCAAGGCCGGGGUCCCCUUGGGGCCGGGGGGUGAGGGUGGCCCCCCCAAUGGCCACGCAGCCCCCCGCAAGUUCCAGCACGCCUCGGCCGUCAUCCUGCAGCUGCAGCCGCCCGGCGCCACGCCCCCACCCGCCGUCCCCGAGGGCUCCCGCCGGGACCCGCCACCGGCCCCGAGCAGCGCCGCCAACCCCCCCGCCGCCCCUCCGGGCCCCCCCGACGGCGAGCGGCCCCCGGUGCACGAGCCGCCCGCAGAGCGCCUUCAUGCCCAGCCGCCGGCCCUCGCCAGCGUUCCCGGCAUGACCUCGGGCACCGGCAGCUCUGCCUCCACCGUCGCCGGCGCUGCCCCCCAGAAUGGUGAGAACAAACCGCCUCAGGCCAUCGUGAAACCGCAGAUCCUCACCCACGUUAUCGAGGGCUUCGUCAUCCAGGAAGGGGCAGAACCGUUCCCGGUGGGGCGCUCCUCGUUGCUGGUGGGGAACCUGAAGAAGAAGUAUGCGCAGGAGCUGCUGGCUGAGAAGCUCCCACCGCAGGACAACACCACCACCACCGACUCCGAGAUGGAGGAGCCCUAUCUCCAAGAAUCCAAAGAAGAGGGGAACCCCCCCAAACUGAAGUGCGAGCUCUGCGGCCGCGUCGACUUCGCUUACAAGUUCAAGCGCUCCAAGCGCUUCUGCUCCAUGGCUUGUGCCAAAAGGUACAACGUGGGCUGCACGAAGCGGGUGGGUUUGUUCCACCCGGACCGCAGCAAGCUGCAGAAACCCGGUGGUCCCCCCCAUGGCCGGCGUCGUGCUUGCAAGGGGACGCUGCCAGCGCUCAGCAAAGACACCAAGAAGCAGCCACCGGUGUCUCUGCCGCCGGGUUCGGUGCCUCUUUCGGUGACGGCGUCGUUGCAGCUCAACCACAGCCAGGAGGACUCGAGCCGCUGCUCCGAUAACUCCAGCUACGAGGAGCCGCUGUCGCCCAUCUCCGCCAGCUCCUCCACCUCUCGCCGGCGCCAGGGCGAGCGGGACCUGGAGCUACGGGAUAUGGAGCUCCCCGAUGUGCACGUCCGGGACCUGCCCGGGAUCGGGCACCGCUUCCUGCCCAGUGAACCCAGCAAGUGGAACGUGGAGGAUGUCUAUGAGUUCAUCCGCUCGCUGCCCGGCUGCCAGGAGAUCGCGGAGGAGUUCCGUGCGCAGGAGAUCGACGGGCAGGCGCUGCUGCUGCUCAAGGAGGAUCACCUCAUGAGCACCAUGAACAUCAAACUGGGGCCGGCCCUCAAGAUCUACGCCCGCAUCAGCAUGCUCAAGGACUCCUAGAGCCG